CCUGUCCCGAAUAUCCACCAACCGUUCGCACUCAUCCUCCUUAGAGCUCUAGGUUAAGACUCGCUCCUUAUAAUUUAUCCGACUCGGUGCUUUGUAUCUGGCUUGCUACCAUAAAGUAUAUCCAGGCUAUGGAGGGAGCGUGGACAGAGACGCCGGAACGCGUCCUCGCCCAUUUCUCGACGAAGCGUGAGUUGGGUUUAUCAGAGGAGCAAGUGCGCAAGCAUGCAGCAGUAUACGGGCGCAACGAACUUCCUGAGGAUCCACCAACUCCAUUAUGGGAGCUUAUCCUCGAGCAGUUCAAGGACCAGCUCGUCCUUAUCCUGCUCGGGUCCGCAGCCGUCUCUUUUCUCAUCGCCGUAGUUGAGGGUGGGGGCCUGACAGAGUUUGUGGAGCCCCUGGUUAUCCUGCUCAUUCUGGUUGCGAAUGCGACAGUUGGUGUGGUUCAAGAGACGCAGGCAGAGAGUGCAAUUAGCGCUUUAAGCGCGUACUCUCCGGACGAAGCAAAGGUUCUGCGCGGCGGUGAAGUUAGGAAAGUCCGGGCGACAGAACUCGUUCCGGGUGACAUCGUCAGUAUCCACGUAGGUGACAAGGUGCCUGCGGAUUGCCGAAUCCUCGACAUCUCGUCCAGCAGUUUCCGGAUAGACCAGGCCAUCUUGACUGGCGAGAGCCAGAGUGUUGGAAAGGGCGUUGAGAUUGUGAAGGAUGAGAGGGCGGUCAAACAGGAUCAGACAAACAUGGUUUUCUCAGGUACAACUGUCGUCAGUGGACAAGCAUUUGCCAUCGUGGUGAACACUGGCAGCAAGACCGCCAUUGGUGAUAUCCACCAGUCCAUCACGUCCCAGAUUGCCGAAAAGACACCCUUGAAGCGCAAGCUGGACGAUUUUGGUGACAUGCUCGCCAAGGUCAUCACCGUCAUCUGCGUCCUGGUCUGGCUGGUCAACAUUCGGCACUUCUCUGACCCGUCGCACCAUGGGACACUCCGCGGCGCAGUCUAUUACUUCAAGAUUGCUGUCAGUUUGGCCGUCGCUGCUAUUCCAGAGGGUCUGGCUGCUGUCAUCACCGCAUGUUUGGCUCUGGGAACGAAGAAGAUGGCCAAGAACAAUGCGAUUGUCCGUAAUUUGCCAAGUGUCGAGACCCUGGGUUGCACCAACGUCAUCUGCUCCGAUAAGACUGGAACUUUGACCACGAACCAGAUGAGCGUCGCGAAGUUUGUUAUGGCGACCGAAGCUGGGACUGUACAAUAUGUAGUCGAAGGCACCACAUAUGCGCCGGUCGGAUCUAUUGCAAGAGCAGAUGGUGUCAUCAUCGAAAAGUCCGUUUUCACCACCGAUGCCUUCAGCAAGCUCAGCACCAUCAGUUCCUUGUGUAACGAAGCUACCGUUGUCUAUCACGAGGCAAGUCAUCAGAACCACUAUACCAAUGUUGGUGAGCCUACGGAAGCCGCUCUCAAAGUGCUCGUGGAGAAGUUGGGCUCUUACGACGACAGUCUCGCACCGUCUCUAUCCUCCUUGAACACCAAAGCACGCACUAUGGCAGUAAACCAGGUUUACCAGCGCGACUACAAGAAGCUCCUCACUUUUGAGUUCUCCCGAGACCGCAAGAUGAUGUCUGUUCUGGUUCGCCGGGCAGAUGCCCCUGCAAGCGAGCCGGCUUCUAUUCUGGUCAAGGGAGCUCCUGAAGCUGUUCUUACACGGUGUACAACUGUGCAAUUUGGUGAUUACAUCGCGCCUCUGACGGCUGACCUUCGGGCCAAACUCAUGGAAGAGAUGCACGAGUACGGCAAGCAAGGGUUGCGGACACUCGCAUGCGCCUAUGCCGAACUCGCAGACAGUGACGCUCUUCACUACAAGACAGAAAGCACGGCCGACUACUCCCGUUUCGAACAGAACCUCACCUUCGUUUCGAUCGUCGGUAUGUUGGAUCCCCCCAGACCGGAAGUCAAGAACGCUAUCGCUAAAUGUCGCGCUGCGGGCAUUCGUGUCGUUUGUGUUACCGGAGACAACAAGUCAACCGCCGAGACCAUCUGCAGGCAGAUUGGUAUUUUCGGCGAGACUGAGGACCUUACUGGAAAGAGUUACACUGGUCGCGAAUUUGACUCACUCACGCAUGACGAGAAGAUCCAGGCGGUACAACGCGCUGGUCUGUUUUGCCGUACGGAGCCCACGCACAAGAGCCAAUUGGUCGACCUUCUUCAAGGUCUCGGCCUUGUAGUUGCCAUGACCGGAGAUGGUGUUAACGAUGCCCCUGCCUUAAAGAAGGCAGACAUUGGUGUAGCCAUGGGCAGUGGAACUGAUGUUGCGAAGCUGGCGGCCGACAUGGUGCUCGCGGACAGCAACUUCAGCACGAUUGAGCAAGCAGUCGAAGAAGGAAGGCUCAUCUACAACAACACCAAGCAGUUCAUUCGUUAUCUCAUUUCCUCCAACAUUGGUGAAGUUGUCAGCAUUUUCUUGACGGCACUACUCGGCAUGCCCGAAGCUCUUAUUCCGGUUCAACUGCUCUGGGUCAACUUGGUGACCGAUAGUUUGCCUGCAACAGCACUUGGAUUUAAUCCGCCGGAUACCUCCAUCAUGCGUGUACCACCCCGUGAUAGUCGCGAGCCACUUGUCGGCGGUUGGCUGUUCUUCCGGUACAUGGUUGUCGGCACUUACGUUGGCUGCGCGACUGUCUUCGGCUAUGCUUGGUGGUUCAUGUUCUACAGUCAAGGACCACAGAUUUCUUGGUAUCAGCUUACGCAUUUCCACCAAUGCUCCUCGCUCUUCCCGGAUGUGGGGUGUGAGAUGUUCACGAACGAUAUGGCGAAGAGUGCAACCACCAUAAGCUUGUCCAUUCUUGUGGUGGUAGAGAUGUUCAACGCCAUGAACUCUUUAUCCGAGAACGAGAGCUUGCUCCGCCUACCUUUGUGGAAGAACAUGUAUCUCGUCGCGGCUAUCGCGCUAAGCAUGAUAUUACACGUUGGGAUUGUUUACAUUCCAUUCUUCACUGAUUUGUUCGCUAUCAUGCCGCUAGAUUGGGAGGAGUGGAAGGCAAUUCUCCUCAUUAGUGCUCCUGUUAUUGUGUUGGAUGAAGUGAUGAAGUUUGUGUCUGCUACCUUCGUUGCACCACCAGCCAAAAUUAAAGUAGAUUGACCAUGUAGACAUUAGAUAUAAUGCAUUCGUGGAUU